AUGCACAUCCCUACCAACAGCGUUUUCCAAUUCUAUCGUUACGAGCCCUCAUUAACCGCAUGCAUUAUAUCCAUCGCCCUCUUCUCUAUAACGUCGAUCAUUCACAUCUACCAACUCCUCCGCACACGAGCAUGGUCACUAAUUCCCCUAGCCCUCGGCGGGUGUAGCGAGUGCCUAGGCUACAUCCUCCGAAUCUUCUCCAGCAGGGAAGCACCGAACUACAGCAUCGGGCUCGCCAUCGGGCAAGGCACACCGACGCUGCUCGCCCCAGCACUCAUCGCGGCUUCGAUUUACAUGUGUCUCGGACGCAUCAUCCGGGCUACAGAUGGCCAGCAUUUAUCUCUGAUCCCCAUAGCCUGGCUCACGAAGUUCUUCGUUGCGGGCGAUGUUUUAGGUCUUAUUAUACAAGGCGUUGGAGCCACGAUAAUGCCCCUACGUACCUUGCAAAACUACCUCACCGGCUCCAGAAUCGUCAUGGCCGGCCUCGGCCUCCUAGUCUUCUCUUUCAGCCUCUUCGUCCUAGUAGCCAUAUCCUACGACUACCGUCUGCGACACCAUCCCACCCCCCUUUCCGCCACCACGAGCCUAAACUGGAAGCGUGAAUUGCAAGUUCUCUACGCCAGCAGCGCACUUAUCUUCAUUCGCUCGGUGUACAGACUUGUGGAGUAUGCACAGGGGAAUUCGGGGUGGCUUAAUCGGCAUGAAUUGACGUAUUAUAUGUUCGAUGCCCUGCUGAUGUGGUUUGCGUUGAUGUUGUUUAAUUGGCGGCAUCCUAGUCGUGUUGAGGCUGUUUUGAAGGGGGGCAGGUAUUGUGAUGGGGUGUUUGGGAUAAAGGCUUUGGAGACUAAGGAGAAUGGGGAGGAGAUGACAAGGUUGGAAAGUAGCGCUUGA